CUACAGCAAAAGAGCGAGCCACACAUACCCUUCCACAAACACCGUUCCAAACUGAAGACAGCCUGAAUAUAAAACCCAUUCUCUAAUAUUCUCAGAACCAGAAUCCAUUGGACUAUGAACAAAGAAAAGCAUAGGAACAACAAUCUUCUGUAAACCUGUCAUUUUUCCAACAGUAGAAAAUCAUUACAAAAAUGCUAAUUGAUUGAAGGAAAAAAAAUGGAAAUUAACAAUGUACCCUCUGACAGCUUUAUUCCAAGCAGAACCCAAAGUGUCUCUGGUCUUUUUAUUUAUGAUGGUGUUGAAGAGUGUUGGAAUUCUAUUGAAGGCAAGGAAGAUGGAUUUGACAGCUCAGAAGUGGAUUCCACGCUACCAAGUCAGAUUUCUGAGUGCAUGGGCAGCUGUUGCUUUAAUGCUAAAGACUUAACUGCUUGUCAAACAACUGAAUACGCCAAGACAUGUGAAAAGGGUAACCUCAGCAAAGUUUUGAAAGAAGACACACUGUCUGAGAGUCACACCAGGAUUCCUCUAGAAGAUAAGUUCUACUUAUCGGAGAAUUCCACUAAUAUUGUGAAUAGGGGCACUGAGCCUCACCUGGAUGGAAACUUUAUUGAGGUCACAAGGGGUUUUCAGAAUGAUUUCCUUGAAGAUACUGAAUGUUCUAAUGUGAUGACAGAGGAGAUGUAUGAGGACUGGGAAGCAAAGCUGAAGUUUCUGUUGGAAAGUGAUGACGAGGAGGGUGAACUAAUUCCGAGUACUGAUUGUGAUGGGUGCUCUUACUUCCUCAGUGAAAUGCCUCGCCUGUUUCAAGUAUCAGAUAACACCAUGCCUAUGGAGACCACCAUUGGCUUCAGUAGACAUCAGUCAAAAUCCAAAGAGGUAGCUGUCCGGAGCAACUUGACGGCAUACAGACCAUCAACUUUGCAAACACGAAUGACUCUUACCAUUGGACAACAGCAGAGUAAGAAUCUCAGUAUGAAAAACAAAGAAAAGCAGAAACAACCGGUGAUCAAAAAUAAUUACUCCACAACAGAAGAAGAAAAUCGUAGCAACAGUUGCUCAAGUUGUCAUGUUUCUGCUCUCAGAUCACAAGGCAUAGAAAAUGGAACUUCAACCAUGAAAUCACCUUCAAGACACUUAGAUGUUUCUUCAGGAACAGCAGGCAAACAAGAUAUAGCAGAAUGCAAAAACUUCUCAGGGGAAAUCAAAUCUCAACGAGUAAUGCAGAUGGGAAAGAAAACGAUGCGAGGGAAGUCCAGUCUGCCCCAUUCUUUAGAAGAUCCUUUAAAAGUGCUACCUCCCAAACCGCUUCACAACUCCAAACCUCAUACAGUUCAGAUGGAAAUAAAUCAUCUGAGUUCACCCAUACCGCUUCACAGACAAGGAAAGACCACCCCGGACUUAACCAAUGUUGCAAACCAAGACGCUUUAUUUCAUGGUCAAAGAAGCAAACAAAGGGACCGAUUGGUAGGCAAAUGGAUUACUGGUCUGUCAGAAGGAAGCCAAGCAGCAGAGGAAAAUGCUAUGCUGAAGACAGAGCAACAAGAAAUCAAUACUGAAACAUCAGCAUCAAUCAGCAAUGAUCAAGAACUGUUUAUAACAGAUCCUACACUGGAUGAGAGACUUGUUUUCACACCUGCUCAUGGGGCUGCUGAAAAUUCUGCUUUGCCAAAGGUCUAUGGGAAAACUGGAUUUCAGAUGGGCAACCUUACUUUGGAAAAUGCUGUAGCUCUUGAUGGAAGUGGUGGAACUCAUGAGGCUGAAGAGCAGAAGCCAGGCUGGAAUCAAGCUCCUAAUCUCACAGCGGUGGAUAACAGGGCAAGUUGUGGUUGCCCCAAUGCCUUAUGUGAUGUUCCACUGUCCAUGCUUGAUGUACAAAUGGAAAAGGAAUGUGCAGGAAAACCCGAUGAACUCAACAAAAUAAAAAUACUCCAUGACAUUCCUAGGACUCAACAUCAAUCCAAAGAAAAUUUCCAGAGCAUCCUGGAAUCUGCAGAACUUAAGGACAGAGAUGCUGAUUUAUCAACAAUGUGUGAGCUCUCCCAGAGACUUCUUUAUGAGAAUGACCACUGGGAUGAUGAUUUCAGUUGCACCAGCAAGGAGGUUAAGAAUAUAUCAGCUGAGACUGCUAGUGCCAAGGAGGUCGGAGGACUGGACAUUACUGCAGAUGUAAGUGGUAGGCAGCAUGUGCCAGAAAAUUUAACAGAAGAUAAUCAGCAUGUCUCAGAAUUGACAACAGAAAUGGAAGGCCUAAUUGAUUUUAGCUUGCUAAAAGCAGAUGAAGCAUAUAGCCAUACAUCCAAGGUCAAUUCCAUGACAGUACCCGUAGAAUCAGAUUACACAGAUCUGUGCUCUGUUUUUCAAGAUAAAAGAGAAAAGCCACAUGUUUACUUUAUAAGGAGCAAUCUCCAAAAGGGAAAAUGUCCAAAUAAGCAGUGUGGAGCCCAGCAUGAUCACCAUGGAUCCAUUCAGAGGUGUGUAUAUCAUGAAGGCAGAGUAUUGAUUGAAAAGGCUUUCCAGUGUUGUGAACAAGAACCUCCAUGUAGAUUUGGAGUUGUUCCAGACAAACCUUUAGAACCUAGCCAAGAAUUUUUAUUAAAACAGCUUCCUAAUCAUCUUGGCCAGUUCCCUUAUACUGAACAGAAUAUUAAUUGGAAAAGUGGCCACAUAGCAAAGCGAGCUAACAAGAUACCUUUGAAAGAACAUCAAAGUCCUGUAAGUCAGUCUAGAAUAAAUGACUGUCCAUUGACAGAGGAUUCAUCUAGAAAUUUCUGUGGGAAAAUUAUGGCUCCAUUAAUAAGUAGAGAACAUACUUCUGUUGUGGCAAUCAAUAGAAAUGCCAAGCAAGAAAAUCAGGGAAGAGAAAGUAAGUCAAAAUCAAAUGCAAAAAGAGACAGGAGUUGUGGUAUUUAUCACAAUAAGAGUAACAGUAGAGAUUUUAAGGCUGUACCUGAUGCACAGAAUCACAUCUAUCACGUUCCGGAGUCUAAUUCACCAAUGACUACUGAGCCUAAAAAUGAUUGGCAAGCAUUAGAGAAAAUGAGCCAAGAUAACAGUAUAGAAAAAGAUGCAUUGAGACCCAUAUUCACAGCAUCAUACAAAGUUAGAUUUUUCACUGAGGUGCUGUUAGAAAUUAACAAAAGUGUUAAAACUAAUGCAAGCCAAAAGUGCACAGACUGUGUUGCAAGUCUGGAACCAACUCUUCUAGACUCCCAACAUGUCUCAAAGUUGCCACCACACAAUUCCCAACAAUUAGUAUCGGAGAAAAAAUCUGCUCCUGCAAAACAUUUGAAUGAGAGCAUGAAAAGCUUAGGCUUGGAUCUGGCAUGCUCUCCAUUUGAAAUGAAUACAUCAGCAGGUUCAAAUGCUAUGCAGUCUUCAACUAUUACCAGCACUGAGGAUUAUGGCAUAGGCCAAAAGACUCGGAAUGGUAGGACAGGCAAUAUAACAAAGCAUAGUCAGGAUAUAGCUAACAUGAAAAGAGCAUCAGAAAGUUACAGUGCAGAUAAACUGGUGCUAUCUGAGCAUGUUGGAGAAACUGAAUCCAUCCCAUCUGAAAUGGACAGUAGCGUGGAUUCAAAGACAAUGACAUCAUGGCAAGAUAAGUACAAAGAGAUAGAAGAAAUAAUACAGUCAGAGAAAGAAAAUGACCUGCUUGUGGCACCUGAUUUUGAGGAAGCUGAAACAGAACCUUAUAUGAGAGCCCUACUUGGUUCAGAACAUCCUGUUACAGUGAGUCAGGGUGAGUAUCAAAAAAUGGAAAGACAAAGUCAGAGCAAAAUUAUGCCAGAUGAAAUGAACACCAAGGAAACUGAAAAGCUGGUUGAUGAUGACCUGAAGGAAGUUGAAGUAGAGCCUUACAUGAGGGCACUCCUUGAUUCAGAACCAACCUACUCUUGGCAUGAUUACUCAGAAUGUAUGCCUCCAUUCAUGGAAUUUUGCAAUGAGCAAGCUGCUGUUCUGGUAGGAAGAUUAGAGACUGGAUGUACAGUUACAACCACUGACCCCGAUCAAAGCAGAGCCUUCACAGAGGGUAAGAGGGAAAAUUCAUCUGAGUGUGGAAUGGGGAUUUUAGAGAGGCCUUUGCCUUGUGCUUCUGAGGACAACUGUGAUUCUGAAAAAGCAUUACCACAGGUCCAAACUCAGCCAUGCACAUUAGGAGCAAAUGAGGGAGAUGUUUCUGUGUUAGGAAAUGAGAGGACAAUAUCACUAGAAGCUUCUGAAAUCUCCAAGCCAUUGUCACCUCACAAAAGUGCUGAUGCCAUAAAGAACGGGCAUGAAAUAAUAAACAACCUGAUGCCUAAGAUGUCCAAAAAACCAUGUCUUAAAACAAAGGAAAAUAUCUGUAACGAUGCUAGCUGGAGAACUGAGACUGAUUUAACUCCAAGGGAAGAGAAGAUGGAAGAACAGAAAAUACUAUGCAAAAAGGACAACAAAGCACCCAAACUGCUGAGGAAAACCCACGCAGAACUGUUUCCUGAUUUUUCUGGAAAUAUCAAAUUAUGUUGCCAGUUUGGAGAAAUUCAUUCGGAUUCCACCAUUAUCUGGACAAAAGAUUCUAAGCUUCUUGCUCGAGUUCACAGAAGUGCAAAAGAUGACCUUCCAGUUUCUUUGGCAAUAGUUCAAGCUGGGAAAAAAGACCAAGGCCUGUAUCACUGCUGCCUGAAGAAUAUAUAUGGAAAAGCAACUUCAGAAUUUAACCUGACCUCUGAAGUUUUGGAACAUCUGUCCAGUCUUCAGGAUGUGGAAGGCUUGGAAGAGAUAGAAUUCUUACAGCUGAUGUUCAAAGAAGACUUCAUUUGUGAUAGUUACUUGAGUAAAAGUCAGCAUGGAAGGAUUACAACGGAAGAAUUACAUUUCGGGGAAGGGGUGCAUAGAAAAGCUUUCCGAAGCAAAGUGUUGCAAGGCUUGGUGCCUCCGCUCAGCCCAGGUCACCCCUGUGUUUUGAAAGUGCACAAUGCCAUUGUAUAUGGGACCAAGAAUAACAAUGAACUUGUGGAAAAAAAUUACAAAUUGGCGCUACAGGAAUGUUAUGUUCAGAACACUGCAAGAGAAUAUGCCAAGAUAUAUGCUGCCGAAACACAACCUCUCGAAGGCUUUGGAGAAGUACCCGAAAUUAUUCCUAUUUUCCUUAUUCAUCGGCCCAAGAAUAACAUCCCUUAUGCAACAGUGGAAGAAGAACUGAUUGGUGAAUUUGUGAAAUACUCUGUUAGGGAUGGGAAAGAAAUAAAUUUCAUGAGAAGAGACUCGGAAGCUGGCCAGAAAUGUUGCACGUUUCAGCACUGGGUGUAUGAAAAAACCAGCGGCAGCUUGCUUGUAACAGAUAUGCAAGGUGUAGGAAUGAAACUAACAGACGUUGGCAUAGCAACACCAGCCAAAGGGUACAAAGGUUUCAAAGGCAAUUGCUCCAUCUCAUUUAUUGAUCAAUUUAAGGUUCUCCACCAGUGCAACAAAUAUUGUGAGAUGUUAGGACUGAAACCCCUCCUAAGCAGUGGUCUGAAGCAGAAGAAGUCUGCAGUCUCCAGAAUCAAGGUGCAACCCAAUCCAACUAUUGCAAAGAAAAGAUUAGUCAAUGCGCAAACUUCCAAGAAAACGUAAGAUCAUCAUUUUUCCCCCAAGGAAAUAUUUAUGACUUUUAUUUUUGCCGCAGGACAUCUUUGGAAAUGUAUAUUGAUUUAGUUUUGUUAUUUUUCUGGAUUGCAAUGUGCCAGUGAUGGCCCUUCCUCCAAGGAACUUUUACAGCUGUUAACAAACGGGUGUAUGGACUGCAUAAAUAGACUGGAGAAGAUUUACACCACCACUUCUGGUGAUGGCACUAAACGUGGGGAAAAUUAAAUUUAAUGGAUUCGUUCCAUGUAAGUCAGCUGCCAAGAAACCAGAGACAUAUAUGCAGGGUGUUUCAAAACACUUGUGAUAAAUAUAUUCCACGUUUUUCUUCUUGUAGAUUUGUUGUAUCUUCAGCUACUGCUUUUUCUAGAUGUUUCUAAAUGCUUGCCUCACUGAUUAACAUAAAAACUUGGCAGAAACAGUAUGUAGAAGAGAAAUAUAACUCUGGAGCUCAUAUGCAUUUUGUUUUAUUUUGCACUACUUGGAUUGAGAGCUAUGUCAAAUAUGUAAUAAUUGUAUUUACAAAACUCAGAGUGGUAAUUUUCAGGUGAUCUGGGAGCUUUGUGGAACUCACAACCACAAUCAUGUUAUUUUGUAGAAUCCUAGAAUUGGCAGUGAUCUCAGAUGGCAGCUAGUAUAACCUUCUGCUCAGUUCAGGAUCUGUCGUUUGUAAUCUCAUAUCCCUAACUUUCUCCGAUACAAGUCCUGGCAUCUGCAGAUACUGCCACUACUUUAAUGUAGCAUAGUAAGACUUAGUAGUUCCAGCCAUGUCCUGUCUCAUUGCUGACAAGUAUGUAAAUGAAGAAAAGAGAAAAAGAACAACAGUUGUAGGAACAGCUGCACAGAAGAAAGCAUGUCUGCAAUAACUAUACUGUAGAGCCCAUUAGAUCUGUCUAUGGAGAUUCUCAAUCAUCCAAGUCAUGGUUGUCUCAAGGGUGUUUUUUUCCAAAAGGCAACUGGACUUUUUUUUUUUUUUUGAAGUCCUGGAACUUCAGUUCCCUGAAUGGAAGAUGCUUUUUGGAUGAGAAGUGAAAUGUUUUCAAAGAAAAUACCAAGUAAAUUCAAUUGCCUUUUGGAAAAAAAGACCUUUGGGAUCUCAUUAGAUCCAACAGAAAUUCUGUUCAAUCUGAUAUUCUGUUUUGUGCCAUAAACCAGAAACAUCUAAGAUGCUGACAAUCAACAUUUGAAACCAGCAUCCUCCCUGCCUUGCUAGACAUACUGUAAAACAUGGAGUUUCCAUCAAUAUAUUUCAAGAAGAGAAAGAGAUUCACAGUUCAAAGCAAAUUAUGUAUCGUGCUGUAUGUCAGUGUAGAAAUCUAGCAUCAUUUUGACUCUGCAGGUUUCAAAAGAGACUAAAUUGAUUUCAGAAGAGACUAAAUCAUUUUACUACAACUAUUAAAUAGAUUUUAGAUCUCAAC